AUGGGCGGAAUAAACGCCUGGACUGAUCUUUGGGGCAGUACGGCUCUUAAGACGUCGAACACAGCGGCUCGCGUAGCUUCUGGCCACACAAAGCCACCGCGUACUGUCCUUCAUGCGGCUGGGAACGAUUCUUUGCCCGAGUCUUCGGAACCAGCUCCGUUGCUCAGACAAGCUGAAUCGGACAUCGCCUCUUCUGAUACUCCAAGAAAACCCCUAAUACUCCCGUUGUUCCGUCCUAUCUCUGCCGUGCUAUCGAGCGAUAAGGAUGAGCACACAAGCAAAGAAGACGAGCCUACGACCAGUCUUGAUCCCAAGAUAGAGUCCAAGAAACCGAACAAGAAGCAGCGAAAGAAUUACUUUGGAGAGUACAUACUUGGACAGACCCUGAGCCAAGACGCCGGAGUCAAGGUGAAAUUGGCCAAUCAUUCGCUAACCGGAACGAAAUACGCAAUUCGGCGAUAUCAACGGAAAGAAGUUAACAAAGACUUCUAUCUAGAAGUUGUUAUUCAAAAAGAUCUGAGCCACCCGAACAUUCAGCGCUUCUAUCAAUUAGUAGAGACCGAAAGACACAUAGGCCUGGUUUUACAGUACGCUUCCGGAGGUGAACUUUUUGACUAUGUCUUAAACCACAGAUAUCUCAAAGACGUCGCGGCUCGCAGGCUGUUUGCACAGCUAGUCUCUGCUGUGGGUUAUCUGCAUUUGAAAGGAAUCGUGCAUCGUAAUCUGAAACUCGAGACGAUACAGCUCGAUAGGAACCGGAACCUCAUCGUCACUUGCUUCAACUUGGCAAAAACAUUCGACCUGACGGAUAAGCUGAGUGAAGAUAUUGAGUACAACCUAGGAAACCGAGAAUUUGUAGAGAGAUCGAGAUUGACGCAACCAAACAAAGAUGGGAUCUUCCGGGGUGACCUUAUGCAGACAUCUUGUGGAUCCCCAUGUUACGCCGCACCAGAGCUAGUUGUAUCAGACGCUAUGUAUACUGGCCGUAAAGCUGAUAUAUGGAGUUGCGGCAUUAUCCUGUACGCGAUGUUAGCCGGGUAUCUUCCCUUUGACGACGACCCAGCAAACCCCGAUGGCGACAACAUGAACCUCUUGUAUAAGUACAUUGUAUCUACGCCUUUAACUUUCCCUGAGUAUUUGACCCCUCACGCCAGGGAUCUUCUUAAACGAAUACUAGUACCGGACCCUCGGAAACGCUCCGAUAUGGUCGAAAUAGCUCGUCACAGCUGGUUAAGCGAGUAUGUUCAUGUGGUCUCUUUCGUUAUCUCUGAGACCGCAAACGUCUCUGGAGACACUCUGGUCCGGUCCAGUGAAUAUCGGGAACAUUCGGGGUCCAGCGAAUAUCGGGAACAUUCGGGUAUGUAG